ACUCAAGCUGGGACACAUUCAGCAACUUCUACAGAACUGCUGGCUUACGAAUGUGGUAUCAGGUGAAUUGCGUAGGAUUUGGCGGCCAUCUUGGUGACGUUUCCAGCCAUUAAACUCCACAUCCAGGCUUGUGAUGAUUUGAAAAUCUCUUUUGUGGACCAUCUAUUCCGACUUAACAAUGGCGACGACAGAAAAAUCGCCGAUCCGAGACGAAACUUACUUCGGGAACCCAGAUGCUCCGAUAGAAGACGAACAUUUAGACAAGUUUUUACCUCGCAAAACUGACGAGACGUUUGACGCUGGAACAGAUGCCGAGAAAGGCUUUGAUUCCAAAUGGUGCUACUACAAACAGGUGCUGGCCGUUGGGCUCGGCUGGAUGUUUCUCUUUAUGGCCGUGCUUACUCUGAGGAAUUUACAAAGCAGCAUGAAUCACAGGGAAGGACUUGGUCUUAUCACCAUGGGAAGCUUCUACGGUGGCAUGAUGAUUGGUUCGUUUAUGUCAUCCGCGAUUGUUCAAACGCUCGGCCCUAAGAUCACUCUCUCGGUCUCAGCGGUUUUUCAUGUGACUUUUGUAGCUGCGAAUUUUUACCCCAGUCUGCCUCUAUUGGCAACAGUCGCAGCUGUGGCGGGAGUUUCUCAUUCCUCGUUGUGGGCGGCACAAAGCACAUAUAUCACAGCUCUGGCAAAAUCCUUUUGCAAAAAGUUUCAAGCUUCCUAUGAAAACAUUCUGGCGCGCUUUUUUGGAUUAGCGUUUCUUUUCACAGAAUUGUCUACGGUGCUUGGAAAUCCCCUUGCGUCUUUGCUCCUGAGCUUGGAAUCCACGAUCGAAUCAGGUAAUUCCAGCGUCGCUAAUGGACUGGAGGUAUUUGUGUCACAAAACAGCAGUUACAAUGAUAUAAACAGUCACAGAAAUCAUGAAUCAUCGCUGUUGUAUCAAAACUCAUCCCUACGCCAGAUGCAUUGUGGGCGUCAUUAUUGCCAUUCUUUUAAUUCCGACAACUCCAAAAUGGAGAUCACUGCUUGGACACGAUUUGUUGUGGUUGGAGUUUUUACCGCCACUGCGGCUCUAGCUCUCAUCAUUUUCAUUGUGACAAUAAAGGACCGCCAUAUUUACUCUCGAAAGCCAGGAUGUUCCGAUCUCCCCAGAAAGUUGACGGGAACAUUGCAGUCUAUCUUGGACAUCAAAAUGGUGCUGUGCAUCCCACUGAUAACAUUUUUUGGCUUCCAAAUGGCAUUCGUAUCUGGAGACGUUGUCAAGGCCUACAUCACGUGUUCCAUGGGUAUUCAACAAGUAGGAAACUUAAUGCUAUUUUAUGGCAUCCUGGACGCAUUUUCCGCUAUUGCCGCUGGCUGGCUUAUGAAAUGGGUUGGCUCCUUCGUGAUAUUUACUUCCGGUAAGUAGACACGUUGAACGGGAGGGAAUAAAAGAAGCUGUGCGAUGUAUAUAAGCUUACAGCGUCUAACAUUAUUUGUGCUUUUGAUUGGUGUUUUACGCCGGACUCAAGAAUAUUUUACUUAUA